GUAGGAAACCAAGAAGCGCCCACCCCCCUGCACCUCCACCGUGCCCACGCUCGCCCAGCUGAUUGUAGCCGCGAAAGGCGGCGCAGCAGCAGCAGCAUUUACAGACGCCGCCACAACCACAUGGAGUGACCGUCAUGGCGGAGAGUUUCUGUUUCCGUUCGCUAGUCAUCGACGUCGUCGAACCCAAAGGUCCCAUCGUGCCCAAACCUCGCAGUGGUCACAGAAUAGUUGCCAGCGGUGCUAGCGUCUACGCUUUCGGAGGUUACAACCCUGACAACGCGGGUGAAGAUCCCAGCAGUGCCUUAUUCAAGGAACUAUGGAGGUUCAACUCGUACACCAAGCGGUGGACGAACCUUUUCAUGACGGGGGUUGUGCCGACGGAGCUUGCCUCACACGCGGCUCUACUGCACCACGACAAGAUGCUGGUGUAUGGAGGCACGGGUGUUCCCUUUGGGGAGCGAAUUUCCAACCGGCUUUUCGCACUCAAUCUGCGCAGCCACCACUGGGACCAUGUGCCAACCAGUGGUGACAUCCCCUACGAACAGUACGGACAGGCCAUGUGCUGUCAUAAUGGCUACCUAUAUGUCCUUGGUGGCACAACGGGCUUUGAAUACUCUAUGGAUGUCCAUCGAUUGUGUCUAGAUGACCUUUCGUGGAAGCGUCUCUCCUGCGAAUACGAGCCUACGCGAAGGUAUCGUCACGAACUUGCUGUAUACGAGGAUCGGAUCAUAGUCCUUGGAGGUGGCACGGCACAUGACAGUCUGCCCCUGCGCAAGCUGCCGGCAUUUCACACAAUCUUUCUCCGGUGGGAGUCCCUGUUCACAGCACCAGAUCCCCGCCAUGGUUUCCCUCCAAAGCGGAGAUGCCACAGCAGUGUUCAGUACCACAAUUCUGUUUUCGUGUGCGGUGGUCAUACUGGCACACGGGUCCUCGAUGACGUGUGGAGGCUAGACCUGCCGACUCUCCAGUGGUGCAGGUUGCCCAUCUCCCUGCCAAGCCCAGUCUACUUCCAUGCGGCAGCCGUGACUGAGAGUGGCCAGAUGUUUGUCUUCGGUGGUGUCACAGCAGUAGAUGGCAUGUCUCGAUGCAACAGCCUCUGGUCCAUGUGGCUCACUGUGCCCAGCUUGCUCGAACUCUCUUGGCUGGCUCUGUUGCAAGCUGCACCCUGGCUGGCCACUCUGCCUCCAAGGCAGCUCGCGAGGGAUGGUGUUCCCCUGUCCAUCCUCGAGAGGCUGCAACACUGAACUCAAGCUUGUGUUGUCAGUGCUGGUGAGGUGGCAAGAAUACUUCAUCAGAAGGGCACGAACCUUUGUGUUAAGACUUUGGUGAGCCUCUGUGGGAGCCAUCAGCAGUUGCAAAUAAAAGAGAAGGCAGAAGGCAGUGCUCACCCCCAACUGGUUGUCUGCAGGCAGGCCACGUUUUGCUGUGGAGAAGUACCUUCUCGAAUGUGGGUUUGCCAGGCUUGGUAACAACAGGCUUGCUCGGAGAAAGCAAUAAGAGUACCUCAUCUUUAAGGACGGCCGUAAGACUUUAUUUAAUUGUCAACAAGUUUUGCCAAGAAUUCAACUCAUUGUUAGAGCAUUGUUAUGUUGGAGCAUCCUAUGCACACUCUCAAACUGGCUACUUGGCAUUGCCAAAUUGGUGGAAAUCGACCGAAAUCUUGCCACUGAUGUUUGUUGUGAUUCUGCAAAGGGCUUUGAUGCUGAUGUGGAAUAACAGGCUUGCAAAUUCUAAGGUGUGCCAACUUGCUUCGACGUGUGGCCGAAGGUGCUGCAGUGGCUUAUGCAGUUUACAUAGGCCUGCUGCAUAUUUGUUGAGCAAUUUCGUUUGCAAGUAACAAGAGUGGAAAUAAUACAGUGUUUGUGAACUAUUUUAAGAUUUAGGAAUGAAAGUGGAAUUUCCAAGCUAAGAAAAAUUUACGAGGCACUUUAUCGGUGCCUGACCAUGUAUUGAAGGGCAUUUUACAUAGAAAUGUUAGCUGAAAGUGGAACUGUGAAAGCCAGAGUGAAUGAAUGAGUAUUUGUUUGAAGAUUACUUACAGCAUGCACAAAAUGAAUUUCAAUUCUUUUUUUCACAAACUCGUAAUAAGCAUAGCUUUAUGGGAACCUUCUGAGCACUCUUAUAUGAGACAUACUGUGGGAACAGCCAAGUGCCAUUUAGUUCCUGUUUCAUGUGUUGAUAGCGUGUUUCUUGCAAGGUCACUGUAUUUGUUGAAGCAGGACAUGAUGUGUGCAGCUGAAAGAUCUGAAGACCAGGCACUUUCCUGCAGCUGUUUGUUGAUGUUGGAAGUGCUACAUUGUUGUGGGAGAGGCAUUUUUCUUGUGUGUGUUCAAGCUCUGUGACAGUAUAAUCACCUAGAUGACCAUGAAUCUAGUGGUGGGCACCAAAGUGCUGUGGAGUUUGCAGAUAACUGCCAAGCAAGUGCUUUCAUUGUUCACAGCCUCGAAAUGUGUGUCAACUAAUGGAAGACUGAGGUUCUCCCGUUUCAGAAGCAGCAUGCAUCAACUGGCCCAGCGUGUAGCCAACUUGAAUUGUUAUGUACAUAGUGUUUGACUUAUAACUAGUUGACUAUACAGAGAUAUAUGGCUUGAGAAGCCUUCUGGGCAUGGUUAACCUAAGGAUGGGGACUUCAAACACAGAGCGAUAUGUGCCCUACUAUGUGCAUACAUGCUGACAUGUCUUUACUGAAGAGUGCUUUCAAAUGGAGGCACUUCACACUUCCAUCCUCGGAAUAUCAGCACCUCCGACUUGAAAAGCUACAACAAAAAUGGUCAUUUUUAUAGACAUUUCGUCUUCGGUAGAGAUCAUUAUCAGUAUUGAAAUAGCGCAGAAGAUUACAUGUGCUUAUGAACUCGGCAUGUGUGGGAGUUUCUUGCACCAUAUUUUUGUGUAAAGUCAGCGCAGUUUGUUUAGACACUUUAGCAUAACAUUAUUGCUUUACUGCUACUGUUACCACCCCUACUAGGCUGUACAUCUGCUCAGUAGUGUAGCAAGCUCGCAGACUUGUCAUCCAGAUUAGGUUGUAACAGCAGAGGCAUGGCAGUACAUGCAGUAUGCUAAAGCACUGUGUUAUCCGUCCUCUCAUUUUAUUGGAACAUUCUAAUAAGGCUAAGCAAUGAAUAUGCAAAAGGAUGAAAUGCCAGCAUGUGCUAAUGAAUUUGCUUGUCAUAGCUAACAUAUAAAUUAACCUGCUAGAAUGACUAAUUCAACUAAUUCAUUAUUCUCUACGUCUGGCUGUAACAUAAUGGCUAUGCCUUUGAUCUCAUCAGUGUUGCAUGCUGCGCAUGUCUGUAUUAAACAUUUUAAAUGGCAUGAUUAUGCAUGGAGAUACCAGUGUCAGUUAUUGUCUUUGUAUUGUAGUGUUGAGCAAGACUUCACAAGUACUAGUUUCUAUACCGGCUUGGUUUUUUACAUACAAUUCACUUUUCUCCGGUGUCCUAUGGAGCGCAUAGCUUCGUCACUGAAUUUUUUGCAAGCCAUGUCUUGAGAAAGCUAGUACAUGGAGUUUCUUGCUGUUACUUUGAGGGAAAAAAUGGUGCUGCAAUGCUGCUGUGCACAUGGGAAUGCUAGGAAUGGGGCUUAGGAUUGGCAUCUUUCUCUGAUAACCAGGACACAUUGAAGACACCUCUGGUGAACAGUGGUCUGUUGCAGUAGUUGCUUGUCUGCUGAAACGGCAUGUAAAAUGCAGUUCUUUUCUGUAUUAUGAUGCAAAGAAAAAAAAAAUAUCAGCACCUAAGUGUUCAUGCUAUGGUGUACACUUUAUAAAGCAGUAACGGUACUGCAAAGGAGAUGAUCUACAGUGGUUGAGCAAGAGGUGCCUUUGGAGUAAAUGUUAUGAAAAGGGCACUUGUCUUGGCUGUGGCUUGUCUUUGACAAAUACAAGUCCCCUUGUCAAAUUUGUGGCUCCAUAGACCUCUCUCUCUAUGUUUGAAUUGUAUCUUUCCAUUUUCUUUGCUUACUCGUCGUGCUGUAUGUGAGUAAACUAUGUGGAGCAUUGUGGCUUUUUAUGAAUAUUUUGCCUUAAUAAAGCUUCAGUUGUACAGCCAUGAGCAUGCUCUAGGCCAAGCCAUGUUCAAAACAAGUCGACUGUAUUCCAGCAUUCCCGCGGUGGCCCAGUGCCCAUUAAGAAACUUGCGUAGACAGUGGCCCUAGAUUUCCCUUCAAGUAACAUUGCAAGAAACUCGGUGGGGUAGUACGUGUGCUACGUUGUAAUUUGAAAACAGAAGAAAGGGCAUGUGCCACUCACUCUACCAUACAAAAUUUGUAAUUAUUCAAGGUAUUUCUGGCUAAUUCAAGGAAAAUCAUAUUAGUUGACCUGACCUGUUUUAAGUGUUCUUCCAAUUUAGUUCAAACUGCGCUUCUGCUUUAUUAGCAAAUUUCACUUUCUCGCACAGCAUUUAUGCAGCCACUAACAACUGGACAUAACUGUACAAAAAGUGCUGAAUAAAUGAACUAUGAGGUUUUGACUGUUGAA